GCUGGAACCUACCUUAUCCUUUCAACGAUCAAUGCAGCCACUCCAAAGUGACCAUUGACUUCAUCAACUGAUUCAAAUUGGUCAUUUAUCUUUCUUCUCCUUCUGCUUCACAGGGUUUCCUCUAUGACAUGGGAUAUGGAUGUGAAGCAGGCUUUGAUGCCAAUACAACACUACCCACACCGGAAUUGUUUGGCCUGCCAAGGGUUGCGCUGAUCAGGAGAGGAGGUGUGACAGAAGUGACUGCAUGUACGUUUCGAACAAAGAUGCUUGUAGCCAUGAAUGAUGGCGCUGUUGCCGCCAUUGUCUACAAUAACCCAGGUCAAGGAUCUAUUGAAGGCGCCGCCGCAGGGACAGAUGAGGCCGAAACACCUAUAGAGAUCCCUGGCAUGAUGGUAUCGUACGACUCGGGGUUCACACUGCGAGGCUAUCUCUUGAAUUCAAAUAAUGCCACCAGUCCCAGUUACAAUACCCGAGUGCGCAUCUCUAUGUCUACUGAUAGAAGGAUGCCGGUUAUCUGGGAAUUCGUCUUGAUUGUCGUUGUAGUGCUUUUAGGUGUCUCAUUCACUAUAUCUGUCAUCUUGCAUUGCCGAUUGUAUGCCCUAAGACAACGAUACAGAGCGGAAGCAAUGGCACGAGGAGGUGACUUGCUUCCAAAUGGAACAAUCCAUAUGAGGAAAACUAUCGAGAAGGCUGCCCUGGACGAAUUCCCAGUCAGGAUAUAUGGACAAAGCACGCCAUCAGCUCCCUCAGGGUCAGCAGCAGUAUCAGGUACAUUGCAGGCGUCAACAUCAAUGCAAUUGCCUACAUUGAAUCAUGUUCAGCAGCUCCCGGAGCUGGAGCAGGAUGACUCCAAAACUACUCGUGAAGCUGAUGGCCAUAUUUGCGAGCGUGAUGGGUACUCUGGUGGCCACUCACCGCAAGUGGCGAGGACCAACUCUGUCUCGGGCAGAUCCAUGCGGUCUGUCACAGCUCUUGCAGCCGCUGAAACCCUGGACUCUGCAGCCUAUCCAUUUAUUCCGGCAAACGAAAUUAUCAAUGAUACCUGUGCCAUCUGCCUGGACGAGUUUUCGGAGGGGGAGGAGAUCCGUACUUUGCCAUGUCACCACGAAUUCCACUGUGAAUGUAUUGGUAAGUAUUGAUAGGUCAUUAUCAACAAUUGCUAUGGAGAAUUGAUUAUUCUUGGUACCUUGAAUUAGACUAAUUGGUAAGAAACUAUGCUCGUUCCAUUAAAGACCCAUGGCUCACUUGUAAGAGCUCAA